AUGGAGUUUCCGAAUUGGUGGUGUGUUUUCGGGCUGCUGCUUGCAUGGUUGCUGAGCGAUACAUGCGAAGGGAAAGAAGUUAUAUUUGAUAUAUCACGUCAUGGGGAUGGACGAACCAUAGUGAUCAAUGGGAAUUCGGAGUUGGUAAAGCCGGUUUUAAGGCUUCGGAAUGGGGAGCGGUUGAACUUAAAGCUUGAGAACCAUUUGGAUGAGCCUACUGGGGUGCAUUUCCACGGGAUGCUGCUUGAGAACUACGUUGGAGAGGGAAAGGGAGAGGGAGAGGAUGGGCAGGCCGAUCCUGCGGUGUUAGGAGACGGAGUUCCUGGGGUAACGCAGUACGAGGUUGGUGCUGGAUACGCGUACUGGCAGAAUAUGAGUGUGGCACAGGAUACGUGUGGGACAUUCUGGUACCAUUCGCAUUAUGCGGUACAGUACGGUGAAGGGUUGAGAGGCCCAGUUGUGGUGGAGUGCGAGAAAUUCGACAGCCACGAGUCCCGGGUAGCUUCGGAAUACGGGCUAGGGGAUCGAGAACGUGCGCAGGAGCGGAUCAUCACGUUGAGCGACUGGUACAAGCGGUCGCACGACAGCAUAAUGUAUGAUUCGUUGCAGGUUGACGGGUACUCGGACCCGCGUGUAGACGGUUCGCUCUUCAAUGGGAAGCAGGAUGCGGGCCAAGUUGUCAGUUUCCCGGCGGACGCAGAUUACUUGCGGUUGCGUGUGCUCAACGUGGCGAACAGCAACACGCAGGUGUUGCACAUUGCGAACCACAAGCUGAUUGUGAUCGAGAUAGACGGUGUGUUGGUGAAGCCCGUGGAGCUUUCGACGUUGACGCUCGCGACGGGCCAGCGGUACACGGUGCUUGUUGGGCGGGACGAGAAGAGCAGGAGCUCGCAGAUCGUCCAUGGCUGCAACAAGAUGAUGGGCUACAUCACGAAGACGCAUAUCCUCAGGUAUGAGUCCCCAGGGGAGUCCCCAGGGGAGUCCCAAGGAGAGUCCCAAGGAGAGUCCCAAGGAGAAAUUGUUGAAGCCACGACCACAUCGAUCAAGCGUCUUCCCGGGUUCAGCCGCGACGAAUUGUACAAGGUGUACGAGCCAAUCGACUGGGAACUACUCCCGGACCCAGAAUCCAGCGAAAACGGACGCAAGAUCUCGCUCGACUACGAGGAAUCCUCGUCAGAAGCCACUCUACAAAAAUACGGAACGUCGAUGUACUUGGUCAAUGGACACACAAUGGGCGAUUUCAUGAACCCGGAGGGAACGACGACGCCCUUGCUUCUCUCGCGCGGUGGCGAGAACGCCAGCCCCAAGGCCAGCCCUGCAGCCCAGCCCAUCGACGUGGGGUUCGGGGCGACAGUAGACAUCGCCAUCAACAGCAUCGACCACAUGCGACACCCCUGGCAUCUCCACGGACACCACUUCCAGGUGAUCAGCAUGGGCGAGUCGCACGACGGCCCGCUACACUGGGACGACACCGAGUCUGUUGCUUACAAGAAGUACGCCCAGGAUAUGGAGUACUGGAGAUCAGGGUCCAGGGUCCCGAUGACUCGCGACAGCAUCAACAUUCCGGGCCGGAGCUACGCGGUGAUCCGGUUUGCGACCGAUUCGCCGGGGCUUUGGAUGCUCCACUGUCACGUGGACUGGCACAUGGUGAAGGGACUCGGAGUAGUCUUGCAAGAGGGGCUCGACAAGUUGCCGAUGGACAUUGUACGGGUAACAGAGCCGUUUUUGAUGUCAGCGGGACAAACACAGCCGGAGGAGGACCAGGAGGACCAGGAGGACCAGGAGGACCAGGACCAGGACCAGGACCAGGACCAGGACCAGGGACAAACACAGCCGGCUCCUUCGUCUCCUCCUGCACCACCAGGGCCCAAGGGACAAUCAUCCACCUCCAAAACAAAAGUGCUAGCGAUAUACGGCACCGUCAUGCUCCUAGUGGACGUCCUACUGUACAAACUCUUCGUAUAG